AUGAACUGGCGAAACGUUGAUCCCGAAGCUUGGCUACUGUGCAUGCAAUGGAUUGGUGAUGUUAUGAAUCAUACAGCAGAAAAAUCAACUGGAUGGAGACCACCACUUGAAGUUCGUACUGGACAAACCGUGGACAUCAGCAUUCUGCUUGUAUUCCUGUUCUGGGAUGUUGUUUAUGUUCCGCGAUACAAGGAUCAAGGGUACAAUGCCCAACCAGGACACGACAAGUCUUCAGAGAUUCGUGGACGUUUCGUUGGGUUCGCCUGGAAUGUUGGACACCAACUUACCUUCAAGACCACUCCAGAAGAACCUACACCAAUUGACGAACCACCUCUCAGGGAAAUACCCCAAGUAGAGACAGUCAACGACGAUGAUGACAACAUUGCAAGCCAUCAGAAGGACGAGCCCGAGAAAGGAUCAUCUAACACAGAGAAACCAUUCAUCUUCAAGAAACGACAAAUGAAGACUGACAAUCCCACCGAAUCAGGACUACCUCCUGAACAGAUGAUCGAAAGAACAUUUCUCAUGCCGCCUGCAGAAGAUGGAACUUGA